AUGGAUGCAGCACUACAAGAUGCUAUCAAGAAAGGUAAAACCCUGAAGAAAGUACAGACCAAUGACCGAUCUGCUCCAACGGUGGCAGGAAAUACGUCGGGAACAGCGCCUUCAGGCGGCGGAGGGCCUUCUCCCAUGCAUGCACGACCUCCUCGGCCACCCGUUGCACCUGGUGGUCCGCCUGUCGGCAUCGGCGACAUUUUUGCGGCUGGGCGGCCAAAGCUACGGUCCGUUAGUGGCACACCCUCACCAGCUCGAUCGGCUCCUACAGUUCGUCCACCACCACCACCACCGCCUGGCCCUGCGCCAUCAUUGCGUCCUCCGGCGCCGCGUCCACCAACGGCCACCGCCCCCAAACCACCUAGGCCAUCUGUCCCUGUGCCACCACCACCAGGCCCCCGUACGACAAAGCCACGUCCACCGGCUCCACCUCCCGCCAAACCACCCAGCUUGAGCGCCAAACCCAAGCCACCGCCACCGCCACGCACACGUGCCCCAGCCAAGUUCUCACAGACCUCUGUUCCCGCGGCACCUCCUGCACCUCCUGCCCCUCCUGCCCCUCCUGCACCUCCUGCACCUCCUGCACCUCCUGCACCUCCUGCACCUCCUGCGCCACCAGCACCUUCAGCACCUCCUGCACCUCCUGCCCCUCCUGCACCUCCUGCACCUCCUGCCCCUCCUGCACCGCCUGCCCCUUCGGCGCCGCCUGCGGCGCCUAAACGGGCAGCACCACCCCGACCUCCUACGACAGCGCCACCCCCACCACCACCCCCAACCCCAUCAGUAUCAACACCGUCACCCGGCAUACCAGGCGCAGGGCUGUUUCCACCCCCACCCGCUUCUACUAUGCCUCCGUCUAUCUCGAAAGCGAUUCCCGCACCUACUUCCAUGCCUCCCAGUCAAGCUACCAGCGUGCAUGCGUCUUUGCCUGUACGAUCUGGCGCGUUUUCCUCCACCACGACAACGACGGCACCUAGAAUACCUUCCCCGCCACCCAUGGUCGGAUCACGUACGUAUCCUACGUCCAAAGAUUUUCCGCCACCGAGGUCGUUUCCACGUACCACCCAUCGCUACCCUAGCGGCUCAUCCCAAGGCAGCUCGUUUGACCUUGUCGGCCGUCUCGGUAGCCGGUAA